CAAUGAUUAUAAUUAUACAAAAUAUAAAACAUACCUACACGAAUAACUCAUGUCUAAGUGAGGGGGAUCUGAGGGGAUGUUCAUUAAUGACUCCCGACGUUUCACGAUAGUCCGAUGGAAUUCCCCAAGUUCCCCGCACGCUAUUCGCCGCCAUCUUACAGGCGCACAGCAUAAUAUGAGGGUAUGAAUUCGGCAGCUGGUCAUGAACGUCCACUCGAGGGUUCGACUUAACAUAACAUAAAUCGACAAAUUUCAACGAGACUCUCUCUCUCUCUGCAGCAAUCACAACCAUGGCUCCUCGACCCCGUCUAGAAGGCAAGGUCGCAAUCGUGACGGGAGGCGCGUCGGGGUUCGGCAGGGGCAUCGCAGCUAAAUUCGCGGAAGAAGGGGCUCGGAUCAUCAUCGCCGACCUCUCGGAGGAAGCCGGUCGCGCGGCAGCCCAGGAGCUCGGAUGUACCUUCGCAGCAGCCGACGUGACGAAGCGCGAGGACUGGGAACGUCUCCUUCAGACGGCUCUGGAUGCCUUCGGCCAGCUUGACGUCGUGGUGAACAACGCCGGAGCGACGUACGCCAACAAGCCGACCGAGGAGGUAACGGAUCAAGACUUCGACCUCGUCAUGAACGUUAAUGUCAAGUCUGUGUAUAUCUCUACUAGCGUUAUCGUGCCCUACUUCCUCGAAGAGAAGAGGCCGGGGGGCUUUAUUCAGGUCGCCUCUACCGCAGGUGUUCGACCGCGCCCGAGGCUUACCUGGUAUAACGCGUCGAAAGCGGCUGUAAUCAAUGCCACAAAGACGAUGGCAGUCGAGUACGGGCCUCAGCAGAUGCGGUUCAACGCGGUCUCUCCGGUCGUAGGAAGCACGGGGAUGACGCACCUAUUCAUCGGCAAGCCCAACACGGCCGAGAACCGCAAGGCGUUCGAGUCUGUGGUGCCGCUAGGCAGGGGCUCGACUCCGGAGGACGUCGCUAACGCUUGCUGUUACCUGGCCAGCGACGAAGCCGCCUUUAUCACCGGGGUCAACAUCGAGGUAGAUGGAGGGAGAUGUGUUUGAGGAAUGAAUUUCACCCGAGCGGCUUAUCAAGUCGUUCUUUGAAACUACCACGCAUAACGUGAUAUAAGAGUUGAUGACUGUUCGGUCCGAAUUUAUCGUCCGGGAACUGAGCCUGCGGUGAUGGAGUUGGGUAUUUUUUUAAUUUUUGUCAUUGGCUGUAGCAUAAAUAUUCAGUCGAUAUACCUAUCUGCAUGAAGUGACUAAAAUAGAAUCACCUCUUAAUUAACUAAUGGUUUCCAGGCGUUGGAUCAUUCCGCUACG